UACAUGUCAUAUGUCAAUUUGUGGUUCUCAUUCUGUUUUUUUCCGUGUUUUUUACAUAACAUAGCCUAAAAGUUUUAGAAAUUCAUAAAUUAUUGCACACACAAGCUUUUUCCUGAAACUUUUAGUGUAAUGGUAAUGGCUUUAUGCUCUCGGCAUUUUCUGAAUUCCCUUAAGCGAACCUAUUACGUUAGUUCACGAGGUUUAACAAUGACCACCCCAAACCAUCAAAAGUUAUUAGAGGAUAUAGAAAAAAAUCCAUAUUAUGAAAAAUAUUCUGCACGUAUUGCUGCUCUUCAAAAAACUUCACCGGAAGAAUUCAUGCAGAGAGUGGAACAACAGCAAAGCACAAAAGAAAGAGAGAAAAAAACUAAAUUUGGAUCAGUUGAUACUAGGCAAUUCUCAUCUGUGUUGAAUCCAAAGAGUGCUAUUGAUAAAGGUGCACAAGCUGCAGAAAAAAAAUUAGAUGAUAUUUUCAAAACAGAACUUGUUAUGGAUAAAGAUGCUUCAGAAAUUCAGAGUAUUUGGGAGGAAUACCACAAAAAUAAAGAAGUCUUAUCUGCUACCAUCCCUGGUGAUUUAUACACAAUCAUACAGAAAAAUAUGAAAGAGUAUCCAACUUUCCUGUUCCCUUUGCCACGUUCCCAGGGCUAUGAGUUCAUUAUGUGUCAAAGUUACGGUCAUACUGUGCAUUUUACACCACUUCUUGCUUAUCAGGUCCACAAAGAAAAUGCACCCGAGUGCCUGACCACAGUCCACUACACUGAGCUAAAAGACAAAGGCAUUGUCCUCAUGAGGGGAGAAUAUGAUAAGAAUGUUUUGACUGCACAGGAGGCUCAGUGUUUAGCAAACCAGUUUCAAAUGUACUACAGCAAUAAAGAUACAAGGAAACAACUGUUAUUAGAAACAUUCACAAAGAGCCCCGAUACAUUCAAACAUAUGGAUUUAGUAUCAGAGUUAGAAAACAUAACAUUAGUUUAAAUUCAAAAUAUGUUAAAUAAAAAUACAAUCAUAAUUCUUUAAAA